ACGUCAAAGAGUUGUAUUGUAAAGACAAAACAUAAGCCCAAAACGAAGACCGAAAUCAAACGAAACGCAGGCGGCUCACGCCAUCUUUUUCACUCUUUCCUCAAUUAUCUUCUUUCUUCCUUCUUCUCUCUCUCCUAUCAUCAUCAUAUCACCCCUCCGAAUGGACCAUAACCAUAUUUCUCAUCACCAUAAUUAAAACCCAGGUUUUUUUUUUAUUUUAAUUAAUUUUGAUUCUAAUUUUGCUUCAAAAAAGGGAACUUUUUUUUUUCUUUUUUCCCUUUUUAUGUGCGUAAUAAUAGUUAUUGAAUUUUUUUUUCAAUUAAUUUGGUAUUACUAAAAUUAGGAGGAUGGGGGAUAUGGAGGUGGAACAGGUGGUAUCGGCGGCGGGUAAAAAGGCGAUCCUCAAACUAGAAAGGAUGAAUUCGGAUCGAGAUCGGGUCCGGGUCAAGAGGAAAACCCUUGAAGCUGUGCUCGGCGAGUGCCAGAGAGCUCUUCAAUUGCUCAGCACCACCGGUUGUUUGGAAGAAGUCGGCGAUGAUUCAACUGAAGAUGAUGACGAAUCCGAUGAUAACGCCGCCGCCGGUAGUCCGUCUUCCACGCCUUGCCGCGACCAAGAGACCGCUGAGCUCUGUGACCUUAUAAAAUCGAGAGUUGAAUGUGCUGAUUUCCUGGAAAAGCUUGAGACUGCCCAGGCUUCAGUUUUCCAAAGUAUAGCUGAAGAAAGCACAUCGUGGGAUAUGGUCAAUGAGAAUGACCUUUGGGAAGGUGGGAAGGAUUUAGAUCAAGACGACUAUGUUUUAGUUAGACAAGAGGAUAUAGUGGAUGGUAUCGCUUGUUUCAUGGCUGCCUAUUUAUUAUCCCUUAAAGAGACCAAGGUAGAUAUAUAUUUUCUAUUGUUUUUCUUAGUGCCUCCAUACAUUCUGACCCUCCCUUUUGGGUGUGUUAAUUUCCUCUCCAUGUCUGGCCUUGACACUGUAUUUUGUUUAUGUAUUGACAGGAGUUAACGCCAAACCAACUUCAACAAGGUCAGUUGAAUUGCUUUUAUAGUUUAUGUUUAUUUCCAGUUUUCCUUCUAGUAGUUGGCAGAUUAGUCUCUUAUGGGCAUUCGAUGACCAUGGUUGAUAAAUUGGACCUCUUAUAUAACUUCACUAUUUGAAUCCUUGGGAAAUAGAGAAAUGAGAGUUUGUUAAUUUUCUUCCAGCUCUCUGCAAGACCUUUUCCCUGAAAAAGAAAAAGGGAAAGCUUCGGAAGGCAUGGGAUGGGAGCAAAGUUAUUUAUAAUGUGGCAUCCUGGGGAGCUACAGCUAUUGGGUAAGCAACCUUUAUCAGCAGUUCUGUCUUUUCAUCUUAGUUGUAGAUAAGUUCUUUUUCUAAGUGAUGUCGAUAAUCGAUUUUUAUGAAACUGCAUGAGAAGUAGUUAGUCUGAGGCACGUGAAAGAUUAACAAAACAAGUACGAAAACUUCUUAGCAUGGCACAAAAAGGAAAGGUUUGGUGAUAAAGAGCUAAAAUUAGUACUGUGUUUUUACAAUAUGUUAUAUGGCCCCCCAAAAAAGUGCUGACGAUCCUUGAACUUGCUAUUUCCUGCUGUAUGUUUCUUUCUGGACUGUAAUUAUAUGUAACUACUAAAGUUCGCAAUGGAGUUGAAAAAGCCUGCCUUGUAACUUGUUUGCAGUGCCUGAUGUUCUUGUCAUUUUUUCCGUUUACCAGGAUAUACCAAAACCCUGCCAUUCUCAAGGCUGCCUCCGCAGCAUUCUGGACGUCCUGCCACGUUAUAUCAAAACUUUUCUGAGCAGCCUUGGACACUAGAAUCAUGGUUGUUGUGGUGCUUUCUUUGCUAAAAUGCCUUCCCAUUCUUUGAAUGUGUAAAAUAUGAAUGCCAUUCGAUCACAGUUGUUACAAUCAAGUGCUCUGUAGUGGUUAAAUCCUGUAAAUAGUCCAUCAAUGAAAGGUUCUUUGUUCCAUAGCCAAUGCCAGUACCUUUCUAGUUUGAGUAUGUUGGUUUAUGAAAAUACCCGUAAAUUAUCAGUGUAUAACAAAAUGGACCACUCUCUCCCUAACUCUCUUGAAACAGCAAAUGCACUUCUCGGUCUCCUUUGCGGAAUUUAAU